AUGGGCCUGCUGCAGUUCCUGCUAAUCCUGGGGCUGAGCCUGGCUGCUUCCCAGAAUCUCGACCUCAGCAAGGUCGUGCACAAGAAUUACAACAUGGCCAAGGUCUCAGGUGUCUGGUACUCCAUCUCCAUGGCCUCCAGCAACCUAAGUCGAAUCCAAAACAACGGGGACCUGAGAGUCUUCAUUGAAAGUAUUGAAAGCUUAAAAAAUGGUAGUCUGAAAUUCAAUUUCCACUUCAUGGUGCAGGGGCAGUGUGAGCCAGUGACUGUAGUCUGUGAGAAGAAGGAGAGCAACGACAGAUACACCAUUGACUAUGAGGGCGAGAACGACGUGCUCAUCCUGGAGACUGACUACAUUCUCUAUGUCACCUUCUAUCUGCGUAACGUCAGGGAUGGUGCUGAGACACGGGUGCUGGCACUCUAUGAAACGUGCCAAAAAUAUGGACUCGGUCCAAAUGACAUCAUCAACCUGAACUACUUAGGUACCCCUGGGCAGGAGAGUUUGGGGUCUGAGCAGAGACAACACCAGACCUGGCUGGCAGUGGGACUGAGCUUGCUUGGCAGCCCCCAGGCCCACCAUGUGAACUCCCAAUUCCAGUUCACUGGUCCCCAGAACCCCAACUUCAAAGAGCAGCUGAUAAUCUUAGGCAAGUGGUUCUCAGUAGUAGUGGCCUCCAACACAUCAGCUUGGAUCCAGCUGCAUGGGGACAUAAGGUUCUUCAUCUACACCAUCCAGAUGAAUGCCACAGACCUACAGUUCCAACUCCAUGAGAGAUAA